AUGAGCUUCAUGGAUCGGGUCCAAAACGCGUUGAUCUCUACAGUCACCAGUCUUGUCUAUUCGCAUAGUCGAGCAAGAGAGUCUAGAAUAUUUUGGGAAACGGGAGAUUUGGAAUUUGGAGAAGAUCUGCUGGUCACUGCACGUUCCUCCGAUUCUGUGAUUGUGAACUCAGUCCCAGCUCUUGACUUCGCUAUGCCAACUUCAAACAAAAUAGCAUAUAUUGGAGGACUCACAAUACAAAGGAAACCUGAGCAAUUAAAUAUGAGCAACUUCUUCACUGCAUUCUCUCAUUUUCCUGAGAUCACGUUUAUCGUCAAAUAUGAGUCGACUAACUGUACAUUAUACGUCCCUCCCAAUGUACAGCUAGCGCAGUGGAUUCCUCAAGCAGAGUUGAUGGGUCAUCCUAAUUACAAGGCAAUUAUAACUCAUGGCGGGCUGAGUAGUAUUUUGGAAACUCUUAGUGUGGGCAAACCUUUGAUAUUGAUGCCCCUAUUUGCUGAUCACGGGAAGAACUCGAAAGUGAUGGAGGCAAAGGGUGCUGCGAUUAUUCUAGACAAAAUGAAUUUGAGAGUGCUCGAUAUUACACGAGCAAUUGCAGAAGUGACCGCAAAUGCAAGUUUACCUAUUCUGAAGAUACCCCUCCAUAAGCACACAUUUUUCAGAUACGGCCAGGUUUGUGCAAAGCUGUCUCGAAUGUUAAAAGAGAGCUUACCAGUUGAUCACCUUGAAUUCAUCGAUCACUUGGUCCGACGAGCUGCCAAGUCAAGCAGGAAGAAGUUCCCGCUAACACCAAAAGAACCUCAGCAAUUUACUUACACUUACCUACAGAUUUUCCUUGGAAUUUUACUACUGUUUCUGACAAUCAACUCUUGA